GACAGCUUAAUGUAAUGGACCAUGGACCCUGCAGAGGAAAGCAACGUGAAUGUGUUGAGAAAGAGUAAAGAUGAGAAGAAAGUGUUUAAAAAACAGCUAAAAGCCAGUCAUACCUUACUGAAACAUGAAGGCAUCAGAACCGCAACGCACCCCACCAAGAGUUUGGUGGUGGCCAAUGGGGGGCUGGGGAACAACGUAACCCGAGAGGAGCUUUCUGCAGCCUUGAAAGAGAUGGGAGAGGUGGAAAGCCUAGUCAUGCCUCCUCACAAGCCCUACGCCUUUGUCACAUACAGAUGUGAAAACAGUGCUCGAAAAGCUCACACCUACCUUAAUGGACACAAGCUGCACUGUGGGGAGCAGGAGGUCACAUUCUAUCUCAGCUAUGUCGAGUCAGUGAAUUCUAAAGAGGAGACGUCUAUACCUUUGCCAGAGGGUUUAGUUCUGGUGCAGGACUAUGUGUCCCCUCAGGAAGAGGCUCAGCUGCUCGCUGCUGUACAGUGGUCGGCCACUAAUGAGGAUGUCACAGCUCAAAAAGCUUUGAGGCACAGAAGAGUGAAACAUUAUGGGUUUGAAUUUCGCUACGACAACAACAAUGUGGAUAAGGACAAGCCUCUACCAGCUGGUCUUCCGGAGGAGUGUUUUACUGUUCUUGAGCGGUGUUUGCAGGACGGUAUCCCCCCUCACGUGGACACCCACUCUGCCUUUGAGGACACCAUCCUGUCGCUCAGCCUGGGGGCACAGACUGUGAUGGAGUUCCGUCACCCUGACGGCCAUGUUGCUCCGGUGUUGUUGCCGGGACGGAGCCUCCUGGUGAUGAAGGGAGAGAGCAGAUACCUCUGGACACACGGGAUUACGCCUCGGAAAUUUGACUUGGUACCAGCGAAUGAGCAGCACGAUGCUCCCCAUGGCACAGCUGAGCCAGGGACCCCCAGCAGUCUCACCCUGAGCAAGAGGGGCACCCGCACCUCCUUCACCUUCCGCAAGAUCAGACACGCACCCUGCCGCUGCGCAUUCCCCUCUACCUGUGACAGUCAGGGCUCGUCCUCUCCCCCGUCACUUCCCAGCUGCCAGGCCGACGCGGCCCGCUUGGAGGAGGAGUACGUGCACCGGGUGUACGACGCCAUCGCCUCCCACUUCAGCCGCACGCGCCACACCCCCUGGCCUCAGGUUUGCCGCUUCCUGUCCUCGCUCCCACCCGGCAGCGUGCUGGCUGACGUCGGCUGUGGAAACGGGAAGUACCUCGGUGUGAACCCGCAACUGGUCGCAGUGGGUUGUGAUCGCAGCAGUGCUCUCGUCCAAAUCUGUGCAGAGAGGGGUUUCCAUGCAUUUGUGUCAGACGCCCUCAGCGUCCCUCUGAGAACAGCCUCCUGCGACGCCUGCAUCUCCAUAGCAGUCAUACACCAUUUUUCCACACAGGCGCGUCGGCUUGCAGCCGUGAGGGAGCUUGUGAGGCUUCUGAAACCUGGAGGACAGGCACUUAUCUACGUUUGGGCCUUUGAACAAGAGUACAACAAGCAGAAGUCCAAAUACCUCAAAGACCAAAACAAAGAGCAUCAUAAAGAGUGCAGUCCUACAAAAGAUUCACCAGGGAGGACCCAGGAUCUCCAUGGAGAACCUAUUGACCACACACCUCACCAUUUAGAAGACAGCUGCAACAUCACCGAUAAUUUGCAUGAUGUCAGACAAACCCCUGAGGCCAAGCUUAGCGUGCACACCAAUCGCACUGCUUUUAACACCCAGGACCUUUUGGUUCCCUGGCAUCUGAAAGGGGGUAAAGUACAAGGGGAGAGAGAAUCAGCCCGCGCAUUCAGUUCCAGACCUGACCCCAGUCCAGGAUUUAACUCGAGUACGCAUUCUGGAUCUAAACUUGAUACCAGUAAUGCCACACACCAAAAACUCAGUCUGAAGGGCGAAACUUCUCAAGCUUCAGGCUGUACUUCAACAUCUGACUCGGAGAGCAGUUCAGUGCCUGUCUUUCAUCGCUAUUACCACGUGUUCCAGCAGGGGGAGCUGGAGCAGCUGUGUGGCCAGGUGGCUGGAGUCCAAGUAAAGAACAGCUAUCAUGACCAGGGUAACUGGUGUGUUGUAUUAAUGAAAGAAUAACACUUAAAAAAAAUUUAAAUCACGCAUAUAUAUAUAUAUAUAUAUAUAUAUAUAUAUGAACAGAACAUUUUAGGCCAAUAUUAAAACAAUCCUACAUGUAUAUAGUGAUU